AUGCGUGGCUACGGCUUCAUAAGGAGAACAGACACUAAGAGAACCAUAUAUGUUCACUGUACGGGCAUUCAGAAGACCCAUCGGAACAAGUUAAUCAGAAGCCUAAGAAGCGGGGAAUGGGUCAAAUUUGAAUUGACCAAUGGAAAAAAGGGCGUUAAGGCCAUCAACGUCACAGGUCCUGAUGGUGUUCCAGUACAAGGCAACAGACAUACCAUAGAGUAUAACCAGUAUUGGCGUUGUCUGCGUUAUAGAAAGCCUCCACUCUACUACCAGCAAGAUUACCAGCACAGCGGAAGCAGAGAGGAACCAAGAGACAACGAUAGUGAGACCGGAAGGCCUAACACCGAUCCUACUCGACCUGACCAGAUGCCCCGACCACCAGAACCCGAAGUCCCAAAGCAAAGGGAACUGUUGGAAACAAGUGAGAGACCAGUUGUAAAGGGUCAGAGUGAGACAGUGCAACAGUACCUUCAAAAUGUGAUUAAGCCUCCGCUUUCUCCUCAACCAAAGCGGGAGUACAUCCCAAGAAGGCAAGACGCGGAUUACCGUGCAGCAAAUCUUGAGCAAACAGAUGCCGGUGCGACCGACCUGAAAAGGGACACUGAAGCAGUGGUCCACAUGGCUGUGACAAAGAUAGUGAAGCCCUUGGAAUUCAAAAGCUCAGAACCAGCUAUGCCUCCAUCCAAACCUAAGACCACGGCAGAAACCCCAAAGGCAGCUGAGAAGGCCGAGACCCGUUCCACUGAAGUGAAGAGUGUAACGGAUAGCGAGUACAUGACCAUAACGGGAGAAGAAUUCACCUUCAGGUUAUAG